GAGUAGGUCCUGUUGAUGGGGCUUGUGGAGUGAAGUAAUCCAUGUAGUGCAAACUGGCCUCUUUUCUCUUGUAGAAUCAUCUAAUCUCUCCUGAAACUCGCGAAGCUUCUCUCUCAAAGCCUAAAUCAGAAAUCGAUGGCGUCCUUCGCUCGCCGAGCAAUGAGCCUAGCUCAGAUUCCAUCUGCACGUGUGCCCGCCUCUGUUUGUCAGCGUCGCGGUCUCGCCGGCGCCGCUGAUCACCAUGGAUCUACCAAGGUUGACUUCUGGAAACAGCCCACGAAUCCAGGAAACUGGAAAGAGGAGCAUUUCGUGCUUAUUUCGCUCUCUGGCUGGGGAUUGCUCUUCUACAGUGGAUACAAACUCUUCACCGGCGGUAAAGGUGACGACGCGAAGCCUGCGCAAUGAAUUUAUCACUGGGAAAAGACAAAGAGAGCUCUCCUUCUCGUGCUGGUCUUGUAUCAAACAAAGCCAGCAAAAUUACUUCUUUGACAGUCUUUGUUUGCUUUCUUUUAAAAUAAUAUAUAUAUAUAUAUAUAUAUAUAUAUAUAUACAUGCUGCUAUGAUGCAUCAAACACUUUUGAGAUCCUUCCUAAUCAUGUCUCCAAUUGAUGAUGAUUCGUAGCUGUUUUGCGUUUCAUAAUUGAAACAUAUCAAGAUUUUAGCAUUGUGAUAUGCUUUGGAUCAUUCUAAUUGUAUGGUCUCGAUGCCAGUUUCUUUUGUUCAAA